GCAUUGCAUUCCGGGAAACGUAGUUCUUUCACAUUGCCGGCACAACCCAACGGGCGAGUUGGCUCGAAGCCUUCCCCUGUCGGUUGCCGCCCGUUAGAAACCGAAGAGUUCUGGAUUUUCGCGGCACACCUGCCUCAAGGCCACGUGACCCGAGGGGAGGGGAAGCAGAGCCGCCAAGACGCACAGCGCGGAAGAGUAUUGCAGUUUCCCUGACCGAGGUUACUAAGUAACGGUAUUUAUUUUUUUGUGGCUGGUUAUAUAACAUGGCAGCAGGAGGCAGUCCUUUUGAAGAAGGAAUAGAUGAUCGUGACUUACCCAGCUGGAGCAAUGAGAGCCUUGAUGAUCGUCUGAACAAUACGAGCUGGGGUGGUCAGCCAAAGAGACCAAACAAAUCUUCAGAAAAAAACAAGAAAAAGGUUCCUGUUGAAAGUGGAACAAGACUUACUAAUGACAUCUCUCCAGAAUCUACACCAGGAAUUGGGCGAAGGAAGUCAAAGACUCCUCACAGCUUUCCUCAUACACGAUACUUAACUCAAAUGUCUGUUCCAGAGCAGUCAGAACUUGAAAAACUUAAGCAGAGAAUAAAUUUCAGUGAUUUGGAUCAGAGAAGUAUUGGAAGUGAUUCCCAAGGCAGAGCAACAGCUGCCAACAACAAACGGCAACUCAAUGAAAACAGAAAGCCAUUCAACUUCCUGUCACUACAGAUUAAUACUAAUAAAGACAAAGAUGCUGGUGCAAGUUCUCAAACACAAGAAACUAGUGGAACGUCACAGUAUAAAGACUUAGUUACAGCUGCCUUAAGUAAGGAUUUGUUGCAGAAUUGUCCAGUUUCAAUUGAAGAGGAUGGAAGAGGUGAACCUGCAGUGGAUAGCAGCCAGAUUGUGAGCAGAUUAGUUCAAAUUCGUGACUAUAUUGCAAAAGCCACUUCCAUGCGAGAUGAUCUUGUUGAGAAAAAUGAGAGAUCUGCCAAUGUCGAACGCUUAUCACAUCUUAUAAAUCAUCUGAAACAACAGGAGAAGUCAUACCUGAAAUUUUUGCAGAAGAUACUAGCUAGAAAGAAUGAGGAGGAGGAUGGUCGGACUGUAGAUUCAGCUGUGGGAUCUGGUUCUGUAGCUGAGAGCACAUCACUAAACAUAGAUGUGCAUUCUGAAGUUUCAGAUACAACGGAGGUGUCUUUUAGUCUGAGAGCUCGGCCGUGCAUUGAGGACAAACUAGGGAAUUCAGCUUCUCAAGGACAGGUUUCAGACAUUGACGUUUCAUCAAGUCCAAAAGUGAAGUGUGAAAGAGCUGCUCUGAAUGGCAGGGAAAUCUGGCCUAGUAGGAUUAAUAGCCAAGAACCUGGAUUGCUCUCAAAGGCUAGAGAUCCUCAGCAAGAAGCUACAGAAGAGCUUGCAAAUCUAAAGAAGCAACAUGAUUUACUGAAAAGAAUGUUGCAACAGCAGGAACAAUUGAAAGCUCUUCAAGGGAGGCAAGCUGCUCUGCUUGCUCUGCAGCAUAAAGCAGAACAAGCAAUUGCUGUCAUGGAUGACUCUGUAGUAACAGAAACUACAGGUAGCAUUUCAGGAGUGAGUCUGACAUCUGAGCUGAAUGAAGAAUUAAAUGAUUUAAUUCAGCGUUUUCACAACCAGCUUCAUGAUUCUCAGGCUCAAUCUGUGCCAGAUAAUAGAAGGCAAGCAGAGAGUCUCUCCCUUACCAGGGAGGUUUCCCAAAGCAGAAAUUCUUCCAUGUCUGAACAUUUGUCCGAAGAAAAGGCACAACUCUUUAGUAAGAUGGUAGCAUUGCAGGGUAAAAAGCAGAAAAUGGACAAAUUGCUAGGAGAACUGCAUACGCUUCGUGACCAGCAUCUUAACAACUCAUCACGAUCACCUCAGAGGAGUGUUGACCAAAGAUGUACAGCUUUAGUAGCCUCUGCACCUGUGGGGAUAACAACAACUGUCAAUGAAGAAUCCAAUAGCUUAGCAUCAUCUGUUGCUUAUAAUCCAGAAUCUGUAAGCUCUCAGAAUGACAGUGGGGAGGAUGACAGCCUAAACACAACAGAAAAGCUUCAGAAGUUGAAAGAAGUUCGGAAGAGGCUGAAUGAAUUGCGUGAAUUAGUCCACUACUAUGGACAAACUUCAGAUAUGAUGACAGAUGCUGUAAAUGAAAACACUAAAGAUGAAGAGGAAACAGAAGAUUCAGAGUGUGAUUCUGAGCUUGAGAAUCCUCAGCCUGUUACCAAUCUCAGAAACCCACAAGGCAUCACUAGCUGGGGUGAAGUAAAUUGCAGUAGUAAUUUGCAAUGUGGAACGAAUAACAGAAAUGGAAUACACCUUAACACAGCUUGUGAAAUAAACAACCAAUCUGGUAAUGUAAGGAUGCUGAAUAUGCCCUCAGUGUUAGACGGUCAUUAUAAUAGAGAUGAUGAUGGUGCAGAAGUUCCACAAGGUGAGGAUGAUGACAUUGGUGCUGAAGCUGACAGAGCCAGUGAAGCGUCAUUAUCCAGUCACAGAACCAGCAUAACUGAAGAGGCUCCUGUUGAUGCAGAGUUUGAGCAGAAGAUUAACAGGCUUAUAGCAGCAAAGCAAAAACUUAGACAGCUUCAAAAUCUUGUUGCAAUAGUACAGGAUGAUGAGGGAGAACCAGAAACUGCAAGACAGGAGCAGUUCUUUUCAGCUGAAGAAGGAAAAGAACAGCAGCGACCAAACAACAUUCACACAAGUGCAAAUAAGUCACAGAAGAGUGUGGGUCUGAACGAAAAAACAAGGGAGAAAUUUUAUGAGGCCAAGCUUCAGCAGCAACAGAGGGAACUUAAGCAUCUCCAAGAAGAAAGAAAAAAACUCAUAAAGAUUCAAGAAAAAAUUCAGGUGUUACAGAAGGCAUGUCCAGAUCUUCAAUUGUCAUCCAGCAUGGAUAAUAGUCUGGGGAAUACUUCAGCACCGGGUACUAAUGACAUCAAUGCAGCAAGCAAGGCUGUGGUUCAGUCGGAAGAAACAGCCAUGGUGGAUAGUGAGCUUUGGUCUGAAAUGCGCAGACAUGAGAUUUUAAGAGAGGAAUUACGGCAGAGAAGGAAGCAGCUUGAAGCUUUAAUGGCUGAGCACAAGAGAAGAAGAGAUCUAGCUGAUACUGCAUCUACUUGUGCUGGAUCCAUGAAAAGUGAUGGAUCAGAAACUCAGUGCACUCCCCAACAAAGCAGAACAGAAAAAACAAUGGCAACAUGGGGAGGGUCUACUCAGUGUGCACUUGAUGAAGAUGAUGAAGAGGUAUAUCUAUCUGAUGGUCUUGGUCAAGCAGAAGAAGAGGAAGAAGAACAAGAUUCUAGUUCCAAUGAACUAUCCAUAUGUCCCAAUAAUAUGGAUCAAAACAUGUAUUCUACAAAGGAAGACAAGGAGAGCUGGAAGAAUGCACAACCUCUUUCAGCAGAUGAAAGCUACUGUCCCCCAGCUAAAGCAAGGCAACAACAGAACAUCAGCAUGCGGCGUCAGGAAAACCAUCGCUGGGUGUCUGAGCUUUCUUAUGUGGAGGAGAAAGAGCAAUGGCAAGAACAGAUUAAUCAGCUCAAAAAACAGCUUGAAUUCAGUGUCAAUAUUUGCCAGACUUUAAUGCAGGAUCAACAGACUCUCUCCUGUCUAUUGCAAACCUUGCUUACGGGCCCUUACAGUAUGAUGCCCAGUAAUGUUGCUUCGCCACAAGUCCAUGUUAUAAUGCAUCAAUUAAAUCAGUGUUAUACGCAGCUGACCUGGCAACAAAAUAAUGUCCAGAGGCUGAAGCAAAUGUUAAAUGAUCUAAUGUGUCAGCAAGAGCAACAGCAGGCAAGAACACCCCAAAAGGAAAAGGCGAACAGAGCUCCUCCACCUCCGUCACCAACUGUGUUCUGUCCUUUCAGUUUUCCUUCCCAGACAAUGAACCUCUUCAAUAUGCCUGGGUUCACAAAUUUCUCUGCUUUCCCACCAGGUAUUAACUUCAGUCCAAUAUUUCCAUCUGGUUUGGGGGAUUUUUCACGCAGCUGCAAUGCUCAAAACAGUGAACAUCAGCCACCAUUAGAAAACAACAUAGCUGGGAAAACUGACUACAUGGCAUUUCCAAAGCCAUUUGAAAGUAAUUCCAAUGCCGGAGUAGAGAAACCAAGAGGCCAGAGGCAGUCUGAAGAGGAAUUGGAGAAUAAAUCUGCUUAUUUAAAUGAAAAUCAGGAAGGAGGAAAAGAGAAGCAGUUGUUCCUCAAUACAGGAUUUGCAAUACCAGUACAAAAUGCAACAUGUGGUAACCACAGAGCUCAACAUGACACCAGCAGGAGAAGAGAAUUUGAUGAAGAAUCUUUAGAGAGCUUUAGUAGCCUGCCUGAUCCAGUGGAUCCAACUACAGUGACUAAAACAUUUAAACCUCGGAAAGCUUCUGCACAGGCCAGUCUGGCUUCAAAAGACAAAACGCCGAAGUCCAAAAACAAGAAGAGGAAUACUUCUCAGUUUAAAAACCGGUCUAGAACUAAUGGUUUUGAAAGUGCCAGUGUUUCAAGUACAUGUGAACCUUAUAGGAAUUCUAGAAGCAGACACUCAGCUCGGAAAGAAGAAGUUGUUCAAGCAAAACUAUUUAGUAAAAAUCGGGAACAAUUGGAAAAAAUAAUUAAAUACAGUAGAUCAUCAGAAAUGUCCUCAGCACAUGCUAGGAGAAUACUGCAGCAGUCUAACAGAAAUGCAUGCAUAGAAGCACCAGAAACAGGUAGUGAUCUUUCUAUGUUUGAAGCUUUGAGAGACACCAUUUAUUCUGAAGUAGCUACUUUGAUAUCUCAAAAUGAAUCUCGCCCUCAUUUUUUAAUUGAGCUUUUUCAUGAGCUCCAGAUGCUAAAUACGGACUACUUAAGGCAAAGAGCAUUGUAUGCUUUACAGGAUAUAGUGACCAAGCAUGCUUCUGAGGACACUGCAAAAGGAGAAUGUCCAAAACAACUGAGUUCUACAGGAUGGGUAGGAUCAAAUUCAGAACUAACUCCCAGUGAAAGCCUUGCCACUACUGAUGAUGAGACAUUUGAGAAGAACUUGGACCAAGGAGCUUGUAGGGAGUGUGAUCAAAAUGACAACGGCAGCACUAUGUCUACUUCCUCAAAUUUUGAACCUUUUGCUACAGAUGAUCUUGGCAAUACUGUGAUUCAUUUAGAUCAGGCACUGGCUCGGAUGAGGGAGUAUGAACGGAUGAAAAUGACAGCUGAAAGUAACCUGGAUUCUAAGAAUGGUUGCUGUAGUAAUACCCAGAGUGCUCCUGAUUCUAACUUGGAAGAUCUAGAUGCAGUUGGAGGCCAUUGUGCAUCACAGGCUACUGAAGUGCCUGCUGUUCCUUGCCCACGAAUAGAUACACAGCAGCUUGACCGGCAAAUUAAAGCUAUUAUGAAAGAGGUUAUUCCAUUCUUGAAGGAGCACAUGGAUGAAGUAUGUUCUACUCAGUUGUUGACUUCAGUAAGGCGCAUGGUCUUAACCCUUACUCAACAAAAUGAUGAAAGCAAAGAAUUUGUGAAAAUAUUUCAUAAGCAACUUGGUAGCAUAUUGCAGGAUUCACUGGCAAAAUUUGGGGGUAAGAAAUUAAAGGAUUGUGGGGAAGACCUUCUUGUGGAGAUUUCUGAAGUCUUAUUCAAUGAAUUAGCCUUCUUUAAACUCAUGCAAGACUUGGACAACAGUAGCCUUACUGUAAAGCAAAGAUGUAAAAGAAAAAAUGAAGCAGAGGGAAUGAUACAGUCUUAUGCCAAAGAGGCAAAAAGGGCACUUGAAGAAAGAGUUUGUUCAUCUACUGAAGAUAUUGAUGAAGACAAAGAUAAAGAUGAAACAGAAACUAUCAAGCAGGAUCAUGAAUCUGCAGCAUACAACAGCAAAGAAGUUCCAAAAAGCUUAAGAUCAGAUGCUUCUGACCAAGAAGAAGAGAGUGAAAGUUGCCCAGUCUCUAUAAGUUUGUCUAAAGCAGAAACCCAGGCACUAACUAAUUACGGAAGUGGAGAAGAUGAAAAUGAAGAUGAGGAAAUAGAUGAAUUUGAAGAAGGACCUGUGGAUGUCCAAACCUCCCUCCAAGCAAACAAUGAAAGUACAGCUGAAAAUGAGUGUGAACAGGCUUUAGAACCAAAAUCUGAAAAGCCAAAUGAUGGUGAAAUUGUACCUUCAGAGCAAGAACUUACACAUGAUAAAGAUGAUCAGGAUUUUCCUUCCGUUGUCCCUCAGUACCUUAAUAUAAUGGAAACUAAACAGCCCUUAACUCUUGGAAGUGCUGAGGAGCUUAAUACCAGCACUGUAUUAACGGAAGAACAGGACUCUUCGUUAGUAGAAAAUGAAAGUCAGACUUCAGGCAUAGUACAAGGGGAAACAAAAUCUUCACCAGGAACUCCUGAAAGCUCUGUGGUUGGUAGUCCUGAUACGGAGUCUCCUGUAUUGGUGAAUGAAUAUGAGACUGGUUCUGGAAAUAUCAGUCAGAAAUCAGAUGAAGAUGACUUUGUAAAAGUUGAGGACUUGCCUCUUAAACUUGCAGUCUAUUCUGAGGAAGAUCUCAUGAAAAAAAUGGCGGCAGAGGCUGAAACAAACAGUAUCAGUGCGGAAAUACUAGCUGGUUCAGAAAAUAAUGGAGAAGAAUUAGUAGGAGAUCCACAAAUGCUGAAGGAACCUGAGACCGUUGGAGCACAAAGUGCAUGAAAAUGAUUUUUAGAAUGGCUUCUUGGUCUAAUUCACCAAUGGAUGGUUAUAGAAAAUUGCUUCUGUAUUUCAUGUGUUGUAAUCUGUACAAAAAUGUAAAUUAGUUUUUCAUACAUUGCCUUUUAGAAUCGGCAUGUGAAACAUUGGCCCAUAAAACUCUAAACAGCUACAACUGAGCUUUCUAGCCUGGCUGCUCACUUCUUUGCUGUCUUGUCUUUUUUUUUUAACUGUGAUUUUAGCAAUUUUAAAAUGUAGUUUUAAAUAAAAUUUGACUUGUAUGUAGGCGUGUUUUGAACAGUA